CGUGUUCCCACACCGCUACAACCGGCGCCGGAGGUUAUGGCGGACGAUGGCCGCCAGCGCCGUCCUUUGGGUGGUGGCAUUGUCCCAUUGUUCCAUCGUCUUUGUGGCAGAACAUCACAGAGAGUUUGGGGUCAGUGGGUCUGAGGCUGAUGGGGAACGUGGUUUUGGGCUGUAUCAGAUCAAGACCUGGGCAUCUGGAAUGGACAAUUCCACUCACGUUGACCCCAUUGGGCUGAAGAUGGACAACUCCCAUUGUUUUGGGGUCAAUGGAUUCCAGCUUGGGGGAUUUGAGUUGACCCAACUUAACGGCAUUGACACCGAUGUCCCCAACACCUCCACUGCUGACGUCACCGCUCCCAGUGGAUCGAAGAUCCCCAGUCUCAACAUCUACAGGAUUUCCAGCCCCAAGACCGACCUCAACAUCUCCGCCCUCCAAUUCUCUGCCUGCACAAACACAAACACACCCCAUAUCCCCACCACCACCCCAUGGACCUCUCAGAACACCUCUGAGACUAAACACCGCUGGGGCUGCCACUGCUACGAUGACUUCUCCCCAACCCAGCUGCGCUUCGUUCUCCCACUACGCCGCAAGCUCUUCCUCGUCCUCUUCCUCCUCCCCUUUGCCAUCACCGUGUUCUGCUACAUCCGCCUCAUCCGUGCCCUCCUCACUCGACCCCACAUCCCUCUGCAGAAGAAGUACCGCACCGUGGGGCUGGCCGUGGCCACCAUGGUCAUCUUUGGGGUCUGCUUUGGACCCUACAACCUCUCGCAUGUGGUGGGCUUUGCAGCAGCGCAGCCCACGUGGAGGCCCUACGCUCUGCUCAUCACCACCCUCAGCCCCGCGCUCGACCCCUUCAUCUUCUAUUUCUCCUCCAAUGCUGUGCGGAAGGCGGUCAGUGGGGUGGUGGGGGUUUUUCGGGGCACAGUGUGUGGGUUGUGGGGUUGGUGUGGACAAAGGGAGUGAGCCCCAACCAGGAGGAGGCAAUGGGUAAAUGAGGUUGUGACUGGAGUGGGUUUGAUGGGGUGGGAGGUGAGAAAUGGG